UCAUGAUGUUGUCAAAAGGGAUGCAUGUACUUGUUCUAAAUGAUAAAUAUCCUUGUAUGUGUGUUUCAUGUUAAAAAUAACCACGCUUUAACAUCACAAUAUUUAUGUGAUUUUCAAGGAAAUGCGUUAAAUUGAGCUAGGAAACAUGUUGUCCUGUUUUGUUAUGAAAAUCCGGUUUAGUUUAUUUACACUGCUGUUAGAUACGAUGAAAGGGUGUUUGAUUCUACACUGUGUGGUAUUACAGUUCAUUCCUGAUACAAUGGGUGUAGUGUUAAACUCUCUAUGUACAAAAACGUCUGAUUGGGGUAACUACCACAUCCUCCGUUGUCCCAUUAAUCACACGAUUUAUAUCGCAAAGCACGUGAUUGAGGAUGGAUUUACCAAACUGGCCUUCCCAUCCCUUGGGUGUAGCGUCCGUGAUGCUGUUUACUGUGGUGUCGAACUACCAACUAACAACACCAAUAUUAAAAACUACCACAUUUUGGACUCAGCCGUGAAUACAUGCAAUGGACGAAAUGAGUGUAAUCUGACCAAACAAUAUUUUCUGAAGGCUGAAGCGGCUCUGAAGAAGUUCUGUAAUGCUUCACUACGACCCGAGUUACAGAAAGCAACUUUUCGACAGAGCAUUGACUAUAAAUGUAUUCAGGAUUCUCAGAUUAUGAAUAUGUGUUUGACGGAAAAUGAGAGCAGACAUCCUAAUCAACCCGUGUAUAUAAAGAUGUCGGACGCAAACUGUACCUGUUGUCUUACUGGACCUGUGUCACGUGUUAAGAUAUUACAGACAAUGUCUGUCAAAAUACGGAUUCAAUCAAACGACAGCAACCUUUUUGAGCAUCAAAUCACUAACGUUGGUUUGUACGGUAUUGAUAUUCCUGCUCAAGCAGACAAUUUAUUAAUAAACAUACAGAAGGGAUCAAACAACGGCUGGGUUCUGAUGAAAGUUCUCAGUGAAGGGAAUAUCUCAAUUCAAUGUCAUAUAAGGGAUAGGACUGAGCAAAACAAGGAAUAUAUUACUACAGAAUUACAGAAGGUCAAUUCAAGAGUCAAUUGUCAACCUAUAGAAGACACAACACCGUUCCUUACAACAAUGAAUACACCAUUUAAUUUCAGCGAAGUUGCAACCAGACAGUUUUUCAUGAGCAGUCUUAACAAUGCUAAAAAAGAACUCAGUGACCUAGACGGUAUACUUUACAACGCGAAAUUCUGGAUGCAAAGCCUCAUAGUGAUUACAGCUGUCAUCGUUUUGCUGGUCACUUUCAUGCUUCUUUUUUCUAUAUUUAAGCAAAGAAAGGACAGAAAUUUGCUUUUGACAAUUCUACAGAAACUAGAUGAUAAAUGCUCUGACACAGUUAAACAAAACUCUAGAGCAGAUUUAAGUCAUCCAAGACUGUCAGAAGAUGAUAAGACUUACCAACAGAUUUCCAGUCAGUUCCUCUGUCGUCCAAAUACAAAACGAUUCACUUGUUCCGUGUACGAAACAGAGUGUAUGGUUUUGGAAAACGCUGGAGAUGACGUUCGAGGCAAUGUGAUGUCACUUGAAAGUAAUGGUUCACUGUCUAUGCCUGAAGACAGCAACCCAAAAGGAGUUUAUGAGCUACAAAAGAUUAUUUGAAUCAUGUUGAACAAUAUUACAUUAUUUUAAUUGAAAAUAGAAAAAACAAUUUCGGAUUUUUGCAACCAAGGUGUUGUCCUUACCUUUGAAAUAAACAUCUUAUCCACUACAAUUAACUAAACUCUGAAGUUUGUGAAAUAGUUCUUGCAUAUCGUUCUUUUAUUGUUGACAAUGAACUGUACAUGUCUUAAUUUGCAGAAAAAUCUGUUUUCAAUUUGACAAUUGUGAAAUUGCUAAUCAAUGCCAUUUUUUUUAGUUUCUCAUUCCUUUCAAAAUGUAUGCAAAAUAAGAUCCGACCCUCUCCUUUCCCGAAAGGUCCCCAUGAAUUACUGUGAUUUGAAAAUUCUUGUAACUAAUUAGCACCUAUCACAAAUUAAUUUUAAGUAACAUUAGAAGAAUUUUUUAUAUACAUGUAUUUCUAUUUAAUAAAUGGCCCACUUUUAUAAUUCAUUUAUGUACUCAAUCUUUCAUCGGCUCCAACCCCAAAACAACCAACAUUAUCUCGUUAACUACAAGAAUUCUCUUCAAUGUGUUUUCGAACUUUGGACCACGGGCGGGUCUUAGUUUUUUUAAUCACUUUUCGACAAUUCAAAUCAACACUAUGCGAUAUAUCGUAUAAGUCUUAUGUGCUUUCAUAAUAAUAUCACAAAUUAAAGCUUGGUAACUCUUGAUAGAAGAGAAGAAAUUACUCUCAGUCUUCUUACGUUGAACUUCAGACCCCUCCCGGGAUCCAAACUUUUAGUGUUAGGUCAUAGUUUCCAACCAUGACAUCUCAAUUUAUCUUAUGAUAAUUUAAUUUUGAUAAUAAUAGAAUAUUAGAAUAUUAGAUAACAAUAGAACUGCAGUUCUCCAAACGGUUUUGACAAAAUUCAUCAAUUUCAGUCGUGUUGUUCUUUAGAGGAAUACUUUUUAAAGACAGAUUCCUUAACUUUUUUUUCUAUAUUGCAAUUUGCUUCCUGUCAUGUGUUUUUUUUUUUUGCUUAGCAAAAAAGGACGUUAACAAACUUGAAUUUACACUAUAUCACAAUAAUAGUUUAACAGACUCUGCACCUUUCCUUGGGCUGUAGUCUUUGUUUAAGAUUCACAGUUUGAACCACUAUUAUAGAUGUUUGCAUCAUGAAUAGGGCAUCGUUUUGCAUCAGAAGAAGAGUUUAAAGAUUGUAUGUUUAUUUUUCUAACUUAAACAUUGUUCCUUUUUUUGGACCACAUUAUUGGCUACUAAGGGGCAUAUUGAAAUCAAGUAUUAUUGCAUUGUUGUUUAUCGGGAGGUGUAAAAGUCAUUUUUAAACAAUCGUAUUCAUGAUAUUAACUAUCUAAUUUAACUUAACUAAUAAUUCAAUUAAUACUUGUAUUACGAGGUUUUUCAUCAACUUCUAUGAAAAUUCAUAGUAGCUCUGUAUUUAAUAAACAGCGUUUAGUACUGCACAGCAUUAAAAAAAAUCAUAAUAUUAUGUUCCAAAAAAAUUCUUGAUGUAUUAUUCAUAUCUUUUUAUUUAUUUCCAUGUGACACAAAAUGUAGUGCUCACCCUCUUUCCCUUUUCAUAAAAAAUUUCAUACUCAUUGUAAAUUUUAUAAACUACAGAGAACUUUGUUUGGCUGACUUUUAUUAUAUAAAAUAUUUAGGAAAUAGUUUAAUUACGUGACUGACAUUUUUAGUAUAUGAAUAGAGAUUCUGGUUG